AUGUAUAAAAGGAAAGCGGCGGGAGGAGUGCUGAGCAUCUUCAGCUCAGACUUACUCUACUACCAGCCCUCGUUAGCCUACUACUACCUACACCAUCAUGGUUCAGCUCUCGCUCGCUACCUUUGCCAUCGUCGCCGGCAUGUUCGCUCAGACUGCGCUUGCGCUCCUUCGGAGAAGCGCGCGGCCAGCUGCUCGUUCCCCAACCCAUCCGUGUCCACCAACGUCAAGCUGUCCGCAGCUCGCACCAUCAAGGCUGGCGAGACCUUUGAUGGCAAGAACCUCCGCUACGGCCGUGGUGUCAAGUGUGGCGGUCAGAAGGAGGGCGGCACCAAGGACGCUGUCUUCAUCCUCGAGUCCGGCGCUACUCUUGCUAACGCCGUGAUCGGUACGGACCAGAACGAGGGUGUGCACUGCCAGGGCCCUUGCACCAUCCGCAACGUCUGGUUCGAGGACGUGUGCGAGGACGCCAUCACCAUCAGGCAGAGCUCCGGCACCUCCACCAUCACCGGUGGAGGCGCUAAGAGUGCGUCCGACAAGGUCGUCCAGCACAACGGCGGAGGUCUCGUCAAGAUCGACUCGUACUGCGUCCAGGACUUCGGCAAGCUCUACCGCUCGUGCGGCAACUGUGGCACCCAGGUCAAGCGCCAGGUGCAGAUCAGCAACAUCAUCGCUCGCAACGGCAAGUUGCUUGCAGGCGUGAACUCGAACUUCGGAGACGUAGCGACGAUCGACCAAGACGAACUCGUACACCAGCCUGACAUCGGUGUGCGACACGUUCCAGGGCAACAACAAGGGCGACGAGCCGACGACGCUGACCAAGAACACGGCCAACGCCAGUUCUGA